AUGAAGCUUCCGGCUUUGCUGUUCGGCCUCGGGCUGAUAACAGGUGUGCUGUCGCAAGGAUUCGGACAGCAGCCCCCGCCAUUCCGACCGAUUCCCAAAUCGUUUGCGGUGCCACCAAAGGCGCAACGUCGUCAGCUGACGCAACAGCAGCAGACGCACAUUCUAAGCGACAUCCAGAAGCACCAGCAUCGCUUCAACCUUCACCAGAACCAACGAUCGCCGAAUGUGUUCAUACAACCGUCGAUUCAAAUACCGGUGCCACCGCAACCACACGCUGGCAGACAACCGUUUAGCGCUCCCAGCAACACACAGCAACACUUCCAGCCGAACGCACACUUCCAUCACCACUCGAACAACUUACAUCCUCCACCACCGCCAGCUGGACCGGUGAGUUCACCGUCCGGCAACUUCAGAACACCUUCCAGCCGACCAGGACCGGGCUUUGGAACACAAGUAAACCGCUACUACUUCCAGCACCACACGCAAACCACGUUCAUACCCAAUUUUUUACAACUCUUGCAGCAGGACACACGACUGCCACCGCAACAGCGCUCCGUACAGAACCAACUGCAGCAGGCUCAGUUCUUCAACGGGCCUGUCCCACACACCACUGGCGGAUCAUCGCCUCCACUACUGAACAGUCAGUCACCGCAAUUCCUGAACAACAUUGACACUGGUGCGUUCGGUACAUCCGCCAACAGACCCACGAACGUGCAGGGUCCUCCAUUCCUGCAGGCACCACCUUCUUUCUCCGCCAACGGUCAGGUUCGCUUCCCGAACCAACCACCAUCCGUUUCCGGUACACCGACUUUGGGCUUAGUCCAGCAGUCCGCUCCACUGUUCUCUAACCAACAGUUACCGCUGCAAGCAUCACCACCAAACUUCAAGUUAUCCGCACCAUCGACCAUUGGCCAACCGUCGUUCGGUGUGCAACCGGUGUUCCAUGGACACUCUGGCAAUCCAGCCCUUCAGUUCCCACCGGUUUCACAACCUCUCGGUGGUAGCUUCUCGCAACCAGCUUCUCAAUUGCACCAGCAGCAGCAGCAGCAGCAACAGCCGCAACAACAGCUUCCGAGACUCCAACCGAACGUACCGUUCGUGCAGACAUCCGGAAACUUCAACGUCCAACCGGUGGCUGGAUUCCCUCAAGCUCAACCGCAAGUGCAGUCGUUCAAUGCACAGCAGCCACAGUUCGGUGGUCCGAUCAGUCAAACGGGCAGCUUCCAUGGGCAACACCAGCAGCAACAAGAGUACGAGCGUCGUCUCAAGGAGGAAAGCGAGCGAAUUCGCGAACUACAGGAGAAGCAAAAGGUGAUCCAGAAGCACGAGCAAUUCCUGCAGAAGCAGUACCAAAAACAGCAAGCCAAGGUGCAACAGCUGCAUCAGGAGUUCCUGAAGAAGCAGCAGAAGAUUCUUCAACAGCAGCAGCAGUAUGAACAGGCGCAGAAGACCGUCGUUCCUACACAGAUCCGUUCGCGCGAGGUUCUGCCCUCUGAGCGCACGCUGUUCGAGAAGGUGGUCAAGAUGCAGCCGAAACCGGUGACCACAUUGGAACCGGUGACGGUGACGUCCGGACCGACCGGUACCGGACACCUUUCGGUGAUUCCGCUCAAGCCCAACAGCAAGAAGGACUACAGCAGCAUCACGCAAUCGGAUCUGGACGUGCUGCUGAGCUCGAACCGUCAGAAUCUGUUCCAAACGAUCAAGAGCGAGACGGUUAAGCCGGCGAAACCGAAACCCACGAAGGUGAAGUCUACGAAGGCUCUCGGGCGAGACGAUUUGUUGAAGCAGCUGAAGUUGGCCUUAGCGGAGACGUCACCGGAUUUGGGCGGUAAGAACUACAGCUCGACGGAUCUGGUCUUGCCGAACGGUGAAAAGGUGCAGGUUAUCCGGACGACUGAUCCGGAGAUCAUUAAGCGUGCCAAUGCCAACUCGGAGGGCGUACUAACGCAGCAGCUCGAUUCGCCAACCACACCGAAACCGCUCUCCUUCGAGGACAUCGCACGCAGUGGUCUGCUUCCCCCGGGUGCGGACUUUGAGCUGAUCAAGCAGACGGAAGACGGCCAAAUCCAGGAGGUCGGUAAGAUUCCACCACAAAAGAAGGUUACCUUCGUGUACCUGGAGGAACAGGACGACGGAUCGUACAAGGUGCAAGGCGUGAAGGGAAGCGGCGACAAGGAAACCAAAACGUCCGGUGCCGAUGUGGAUAGCAUUCUGAGGAGGAUCAAGAACGGGGAAAUUCAACUCCCACCACCAUCGGCAGUUACCAAGGCUCCUGCUAAGGCCGAGAUUCCGGAUGUACCGAUCACGACCACUACACCGCGCCAUCAACCGAUCAAGAAAACCAACUCGGUCACGAUCAUCCCCCAUAGCACUCCGAUCGAGGAUCAUCAUCCUUCGACGGCGUUCCUGUCGGGUAGCACCAUUCAGCACACAGCCUCACCGGCUCCAGCCACGAUCUACGCCUCUACGGCGUCUCCGUCGAGCGCCAGUGUGGUCACUGCAUUCGCACCAGGUGGUUAUUCGGGCAGUACACUUCCACAGCACGCUUCGGCUCGACUCUCAACACCUGCGCCAGUUUCCGGUAGCUUCCCGGCCGACAGUACGGCUCGGUACUCUGAGGCGAACUCGAUCUACACUCCGGUAGCGACUACGGCGAUCCCACCGUCACCAGCAACUCCAGCACCGGGCAUCUACCAGACAUCUAGCAACACCGAGAAGUACUUCUCCGAUGCCACCGCAGCAGAGCAACAGCAAACGGCCAGCACCUACCAUCACCAAACGCAUCAGCCCACUGUGAACAGCUUCAAUGACGUCGUUCCGACGGCUUCCGCUUCGGAGACGAUAACCCAGCAGCAGCAGGAGAGCAACAAGCUACAAGCUCAGCCAACGCCUUCACAAGAACCGACCCAGCAGCAGAACGAACUGCCAGCAAUUCUCAAGAAUAACGGACUAUUUGCCAUGGCCAAAUACCUCCGUCAGUCUGGUCUCGACACGAUUCUGAACGAAACGGGUCCGUACACGAUCUUCGUACCGACCGAUAAGGCCUUCCGGAGCCUGCUCGUCCAGCUGGGUGGACCCGAAAAGGCGGAAGAGAAGUUCCGCAACAAUCCACGAUUACUGAGCGGGUUGCUGUUGCACCAUGUCAUUCCCGGAUCGUUCGAAAUUGCUUCGCUACAGGACGAGAUGACUGGUGUGUCGCUGGCCGGAACUCAGCUGCGUGUAAACCAGUACAACAUGCACGAUUCCGAGUGGAACGAUGUCAAGGUUACGACCAUCAACGGCGCCAUGGUCGUCCCGGACAAGCAGGACAUUGUGAUCCCUCAGGGUAUUGCGCAUGCCGUCGAUCGCGUCAUGUUCCCGCUACCAGUUGGUGAUAUCCUGCAGACCCUCCAAUCGGAUCGUGAGCGGCGUUUUACGCAUUUCUUGCGAGCUUUGUUCGCAUCGGGCAUGUCGGAUACGCUCCAGAACAAAGGUAUCAAAACGUAUACAGUAUUCGCACCGACCGAUGCCGCAUUUGCUCACCUCACGACGGAGGAACUCACCAACCUAGUCACGGAUAAGGACCAGGCGGAGGAACUGGUGCGAAAGCACGUCGUUCCGGGCACUCUGUUCACCGCUGGCAUGCGUUUCUACCAGGUGAAGGACGUCAUGGCGGAAGGAAAAACUGUGACCCUGCAGAAGACGGGAGGUAAAAUCAAGGUGAACGAUGGAUUCCUGCAGACGUCCAACAUCCCUACGACGAACGGCGUUAUACAUGCUAUAGACUCACUACUGUAAACCGCAACAACUAGCGUCUUAGAAUAAUCCGCGUCCAUGAGCAAUCGUUUACGAACGAUUCCCGUGCGAGAAAAAAAAAUAACACAAUCCGAUUGGUUUGUGUAGUUGUUAAUUUAUUACGAAUUCAAAAUGCGAAUCUAUCCAAUGCCUAUCAAUGAAACGCACCAUCAAUUUCAAUCAAAAUUUCGUUCAGGUUCUACGCACCGGUUGAAAAAACAAAUUUUCAGAAAAAGCAGUUGCGAACGAUCGAACGCUGACCAGGAUCGAGUUCCGGGCCGUGAACAUGCCCGGGUCGGCAAUUUUGCUGUUUGUUGAAGGAGCGCUGAACUGUUUUGAUUAUCGUUAAGUUUAUUUGAUAAUUUAUUCGUUAAGUUUAGUACAUGCCGUUUUGUACGAUUUCCCGCAACUUG